AUGUUCUGCAGGAAAUUAAAGCCAGGUUGCCACCUCGCUUCCCUUCACAGCAAUGCAGAUGCAGUUGAGUUUUCUGAAUACAUCACCGACUAUCUCAUAGGUCAUGACCACGUCUGGAUCGGACUGCGGGAUACAAAAGUACAUGUGGGAGUGGACAGACAGAUCUAGAACUGAUUUCCUGCUCUGGAGGAAAGAUCAGCCCGAUCAUUCCACUAACAAUGAAUUCUGUGUCGAGAUUGUGAGCUUUACAGGGUAUCGCCAGUGGAAUGACGACAGUUGCACAGCCUUGCGUCCUUUUCUGUGCCAGUGCAAACACUAGUCCAAAUUGCUCCUUUACCUGCUCCAGAGGGGGAGAAGCACCUGGUGAAGGCUGGAGAAACAAGGAAGCCCCCCAUGCCUGUCAACGUCUCCACUGAGCACCCCAAAUUCGCUUUGUGGAUGCUUCCUGUCUCUUGGAUCUGACUUUGCUCUUCCUGAUGGGCCAGGAGGUCUAACAAAUUCUGCCUAUCAUGA